AUGACUGACCUACCUGAAACAAGUGCUAAGGAAUUUGCAGCAACCCUUCUUCCACUGUAUCAUGGUCCUACCGUCAAGAUUCGGAUAAGCUCCAGCGACCAUGAAUACGAAAUUUCAAAGCACCUCCUUUACAAGGAGUCUAUCUAUUUUACCACAAUGUUCGAAAGUAACUUUGCAGAGGGACAGCAGCAGGUAGCAACUCUGGAAGAAGUGGAAGGAGUAGUCUCGGUGCGGAGUUUCGAAGCACUCAUAAAGUGGCUAUACCUGCGCAGAAUCCAACUCGAUUCCGAAGGCCCAGAAGAUCAAAUCUCGGGUGCGAUAGAGCUCGUCAGACUUGCAGACAUGUGCCAUAUUACAGGCAUUGAAGCUCAAAUGGCUCAGUAUAUCAAAGAUGUACUUGUUGCCAAUCCUGGUCCCCAAUGCGACAUCUUUUGUUCACGACCUAUCGAUACGAAUACCUAUUACCUCACACGUCAACAUAUUAUUUGGGCAACUCUUUUGCCUCCAGGGCAUUUGGUGCGUCGCAUCAUAGCGGCAGCCUCGGUUGAAGGAUAUCUUCGAGACGAGAACUACAAAUUUGUGCAGGAAAGUCAUGAAAUUCCUGCCUUCGGAGCUGACUUGCUUCGAGAAGUGAGGUCAACGCUAAGUCAGAUGGAUUCCGCUACGCAAUUUGAAGACCCUAUCAGCGGAACGAGAAUGAGUAUCAACUGUGGUUCGGAUUUUUAG